AUGGCUUGGAUCCUGUUUCUGCUGCUGCAAGCAACAAGUCUACCACCUGGGAAUUCAGCAGGAUCCAUCAGAGUAAAUAAAUUUGGGGUCAACCAACCAGCACACCUCUCUGGUAUUCAAGGCAGCUCCAUAGAGAUCCCCUUCUCCUUCUACUAUCCCUGGAAAUCACCAAAGGAUCUGCAGAUGACGAUUCUCUGGAGAUGGAAGCACUUCCAUGGGAAAUUGAUCUACAACUCUUCUUCGGGUUUCAUACAUAAGCAUUUCAAUAAUCGGCUCAUCCUGAACUGGACACAGCCUCAGACAUCCGGAGUCCUCAGAAUCCUGGACUUGAAGGAGAAGGACCGGGCAGUGUACUUCUGCCGAGUUCAUCUGAAAGCAAGAAAACUAAAGGAGGUGUUCUUUCAGUCGAUUCCUGGUACCAACCUCAGCAUCACCCCUAGUGAGUGCAUCCUAGCUCCCAGGACCACCUCUCCAAGCCCCACCACUGCAACUUCUGCAUGCACCAAAAACACCCUCACUGUCACAGAAGUUCAGAUGAGCAGAGAAAAUCACACCCUGCAUCUGGGAACCAGAGUUGGGGUGGCAGUGGCUGCUGCUGUGCUCCUGGCUGGGGUUUUGGGAUUGAUGGUGUUCCUCAGGUGGAAGAGGAGGAAAGGUCAGAGGACUAAAGCCAAAAUCCCAGCCAGGGAACUCACUGAAAACACUGAGAAAUGUGAGCAAGUUGAGCCCAAAGGUAAAUUCUGCCAGCCUCUUGUUGCACACUUGGCUCUGCCUUCUUCUCCCAAGACCCCACACUUACACAAGCAUUCCCUCAGUGUUUUCACCCUGUCCCGCCCUCACCCUUUCCCUCCAAGUAACCAAGGUCCUCACCUCAGGCUUGGAACUUCCAGCAAUCUGUCUCCCUUCCUGUCACACACCUCGACUUCAGAACUCUGUGUUCCUUUUUCUCUAGGACAACAUAUGGACCCCAAAGAGAACCCCAAGGACAACAACAUCGUGUAUGCCUCCAUUGCCCUCUCAAGCCCGACCUCCCCAGGAACACCAGCCUGCCCGCCUGUCCAUGAGAACCCCCAGGAAGAGACUGUAUACUCCACCAUGAAGACCAAAUGA